AUGACAGAGGUAGACGCCUCGGUGCGCUAUGCUUCCCUCAGACCUGUGCAGAGGCUUUCUGUUGCUGUUCUGGGUCCCACUCUCCUGGCGCUUAAGGAACAGCUGACUGUAAGCUUCCCCGAGAUCUCCUACAUAUUCGUAGGCCGAAGCACUGGUUACCUGGCUGGGUCCGUGUGCAUGGGUCUGGCUAUAGGGGCCCUGGACACAGCUAAUCCCACUUCAGAAAGUGAAGUUGAGGUUUCCUCAGCUGUAUCCCCAGGCCAGUUUCGAAACGUGUACAUGAUAAUAGGAGUCUUCAGCAUGCUGGUAUCGGUGAGUUUCUUCUACUUUUUCUGCACAUCUCCGGUCAGACCCCCAUCCUCAACUACCUUCCGGCAAAAUGAAGACAGAAAGGCUAUGAGUAAGGAUUUCAAGUACACUGUUGUGGACCUGAUGUUCCUAUUUUAUUGCCUGUAUGUUGGGGCCGAGGUCACCUUCGGUGGCUACAUCUUCACCUUUGCCAUCCGAGCCCAGAAGGGGCAACUGUUUGAUGAGACUUCCGCGUCCUUGCUGAACUCUGCCUUCUGGGGGUCUUUUGCUACUGGCAGGGGCUUGUCCAUCUGCCUGGCCAGCGUUCUUGAGCUUCAUGUGAUGCUGACCUUAGACAUGGUUGGCUGCAUCGCUUCUUCAAUUGCCUUGUCCUGGUGUGGGGAUACCAACAGCACGGUGCUGUGGGUGGGAACAGUGGUGCUGGGACUGUCCAUGGCAUCCUUGUUCCCAGCUGGUAUCUCUUGGCUGGAGUCCUACUACAAAGUGACAGGGAGCAUGGCCACCAUCCUGGUCGUGGGUUCAUCUUUCGGCGAGAUGGCCUUCCCAAUGCUGAUGGGAUGGAUGUUACGCCAGAAAGACGACAUCAUGACAUCAGGCUUCCUCCAGGCAGGUCCCAUAGGCCUAAUGUACUUCAUGCUAACCACCGCUGGCUUAACAGCCAUCAUAUUCAUCGUGAUGCAGUACCUUGCUAAACAGCACAGGUGGAGCAGACAAAGCCUGGGACCUCAAACCCAGCCCAGGAUCUCAAGCUGGGUUUGCACGAUACCAUCAACAUGGAGGAAUUGA